AAAACUUUCUAUUUUCGACAAAAUAUCUUUGAAGCUAACGCAAAGAUUUAGUGACGUCAAAAAAGUGCGCGAUAACGAAGGUCGUAAGCAUUUGAAACAAAGAAAAAACCUUGCUUGUAGACAACGCAAAGAAAUUAAUUGCAAUCUGAAUAUCAUAAAACAAAAGCCAAAUGUUGCUUGGAGGUAUUAUUCAGGCGCCUGAAAGGGAGAAGAUUACCCUAGGCGGUGACAAAAUGAUUAAACUGCGACCAUAUGUGCCCUCGAAACGCAUUGCCAUACGGGAUUCAUCAAUUGAUGAGGACAUCAGUGAUGAUGUGGACGAUGAGGUCUUCAUCAAGGAUGCCAGAUCGGCCAAGCGAAGUGAAGAGCAGGGCUUGAAGCGUCCCUUGAUGGCACCACGACGUAAACACAGCUCGGGUUCCACAGAUUCUGGACCCAUUAUGAAACAGCACAAGCGGCGUCGAUGUUGUCGUUGCUGUGAGCCCUUCUGCUAUGCUUUGGCUGCUUUGACUGUGCUGUGCGCCCUGCUCAGUUUGGCUGCCCUUAUGUUGACACUCUUCCCCCUGCCUCUGCAAAGAAUUAAGCAUUGGUGGCGUCAGGAUCCGCAAUUUGGUGGUAUUACAAACGUUGCUUACGGCAGUAGUAUGGGCAGUGAAUUUGUUCCUUGCACUCAGAUCAGUGUACAAAAGCGUUGGACUCGCAGUCUAGCGCGAAUGAAUAGUGAGAGCCCAUUGCGGGCAGCGGAUCUCAAUGGAGAUGGCAUACAGGAUGUGAUAUUUGGAUAUGGUGUUGAUGAUAAUAUCCACUAUGAGGGCAUUCCCCUGCCGCGUUGCAAAUCUGCCCAGCAAAAUGACGAGGUACCAUGUGAAGGAGGCGUUGUAGCCCUCAACGGACGAGAUGGCUCCACGUUGUGGCAAUCGUGGAGUGUGGCGAAUGUUUUCUCUCUGCAUUGCAACGCAGAUGUCGAUGGUGACGGGGGCACAGACUGUGUGGCUGCAGGACGUUUGGGUAUGAUUUAUGCAAUUAAUGGACGAACUGGUACGGUUAUUUGGACCUUUCAUGAACUGGAAGUUGAAACGAAUUCGCCCAUUGUGAUGGAUUUGUAUACCAUCAAUGUGCUUAGGGAUUUGGAUGAAGAUGGUGUACCAGAGCUCAUCGCUGCACAUCUGGAGGAACGUGAAGAAUCGAAGGCUGGUCACAUUAAGCUGAUCUCGGGCAAAACUGGCAAAGUGAUUCGUACUAUACCCACACCCUAUCGUGAGGAGAUGUUUGUACCCAUUCAAUUAAUAACACAAGCUGAUGGCACCGAAUUACUAUUGAUUCUAACCGGCGGACAAAAUACACCCGGAGGUGUCUAUUCCUUGAGAUUACAUUCCCUUAUGGCUCAUACAAGUGAGAAGCAUUUCACUCCUCUAUAUAGGCAGACGGGUUCAGGUCUCAUGGUUCCCGCAGUGCUUAGUGAUCUUAAUGGCGAUGGCGUUGCCGAUGUUAUCGUUGCUGCUUUCAAUAGUUCGGUUUAUGCAUUUGAUGGUAAAAACUAUAGCAUGAUGUGGAACUACACGUUCCCGGUUAGUGAAUGCGUCAGUGCCAUUGUGCCGGGUCAUUUCAACCACGAUAACGUCACGGAUUUUAUGGUUAAAUACAAUAUGGGUCCUGGUUUCCCAGUCUAUUACUACUCUCAGACGACAAUUUUGGAUGGACGCACUGGCCAGCCGCUGCUCAAUGCCAUGAUGUUGGAUGCUGGUGGGGCAAAUAGCCUGUUGGGUGGCGUGUCUAUAUCCCAGAGUUUUGGCGGUGAUUUCUAUUUGCAUUGGCAACUCCAAUGCCGAAAUCGUCCAAAUGCAAGAGAUGCCUAUGAAUUUGUACCCGAUAGCGAUUUUAUACUUCAAGCCCGGGCCGAUACCUGUCGGUUGAGGUAUAAUGAAUCUACUGUAUUGAAACUUUAUGCCAUAGCGAGGCAUAUAGAGCCACCUGGAGCUGAUCUCUUUAGCACAGAUGAUUUGGAAGUACAAUUGAAUCGCACACAAAGGCCGGCAGCUACGGGCAAACAGUCACCACUAAAGCAUCCAAAGCUUCUCAAGAAAUUACUGGCUAAUCGGGAGCAAUUACUUCGGGAAGCAGGAGGUAACACCGAGAGAUCGAAACAUCAUAAGCAUGCGCUUCUUGAGCAGCAAUUGCAAGAACUUUUGCCUCAAGAGUUGCCGAACGAUAACUUCGGUGGUUUUCUUAAGGAGCAGCAGCAGCCUUACAAGGAAUUUAGGGACUAUGAAAGUGGGCCAGCAGCUAUACAACCGGUGGACAAUCCAAAUCCCAUGCGUGUGCCCGAGGAAUAUGAACUGGUGUACAAUGAUGAAGUGCCUCAGCUGUUGGGCGAUCAAAACGAACGACCCAUACACUUACGAAGCAAAUAUCCCAGUGAAAUUAGUCGGGAUGUGCGUAGCGGCAACUUGGAUGUAAGCUCAUCGACAACCAGUUUACCCUUUGCGGGACAAUCUCCCGUUAGUCUAUGGGAUCUUGAGUUGGACAAUGAGAAGAUAGAACGGCAACAAGAAGCAGAUGAAGCCGAUGCCAGCCAAACUCAUAAACGAAGACGUCGGCGUCAGCGCCGAGAGGAAGACUCUUCCACAGCCAGCACGACAACUAGUCGAACUAGAGAAAAUGUAUCUGAUUCCUCGAAUUCGGCAGGCUGGUAUCUAGCAUCUAUUUCAUCCACCGGUGUGCUGCUCAAAGCCUUGAGCAAUCUCACAUCCUCAAUAGACUUUGCCUUUGUGCUAAACAUAAGGGAAUCGGAGGCGUAUCCACCGCUGUUCUCGCCGCAGGAUCUCAGCUGUGUCGAAGAGAAGAUAAGCGCCUAUAAGACCUACACCAUGGACAAUUUGCGCGUCUUACGCAAACAAUUCCUCAAGCAGUGCCUCAGCGAGCGCCUGGUGGAUUCUGAACCCGCCUUGCCAAAAUAUGAGUCCCAGUUAAUAGUUACAAGGAUUGGGAUUACCUGCACCUGCCGCUCGCUUCAACCAGGUGAAGUUUGCUCCGAGCUGGAUCACAUUGAUGCCCAGCGUUGGACCGAGUUCAUGGGCAAUGAUGGACAUGGUUACUACACUAAUAACUAG